AUUUUAAAAUAAAUAAAAGAACGGGCAAAUUACGAAACCGGAUAUCCGGAAGCUGUCAUUAUUGGAAAACGCACAAUUUUUAAAUAAAAUUUUAAACGCUUUCUAUUAAACCCUUCCUCUUUUCUAAAUUUUGAAUUGAAAAGAAAUUUCUCUGUAUAUCGAUCCGUCCGCCAAAAUCCCAACAUUCAAUUUUCUUUCAUUUUGCUCCUCAAUCAUCAACACCAUCGCUGUACUCUGUAAAAUGUUCUUGUGAUGCUGAAUUUUUGAUGGCCACGUCCGCAUUUAAGUCAACAACGAGGAGAUUAUCGGUGGCCGGCGGCGGCGCAGCCGGCGCCGGAGGCGAUGAGUCCUUCAGCAGCUCGUCGAGUAGUAAAGCUACGCAUCGCCGGUCGAGAAGUCUUAGCCGGUUCUCCCGUCGACUUCCGUCGGAGCUAGAGGAGACUCCGCUUGACUAUAGAGCCGCGCCUAAGGGCAAGUUUGUAAAUACCGCUCGUGGCUCGGAAUUUCCCGAAAUUAGCCUCGAUGAUCUGGCGCUCGAAUUCUUCUCUUCAAGGGAGAAUAACAGUAGUGAUGAUAAGAGUUGUAGGAAUGGGAGAAGUAAUAAUGAUGGUGAAAUAAAGAGCCGCGAGAGAGGCCGGAGCCGCGACGGUAGGCGUGACUCCGAUGUUGCGCGUUGGGCGAGCGAUACGGCGUCGUCGGCCAGGCGCGGAAGGUCGGUGUCUAGACAUCGCGAACCGGCUGUCCAGGAUAAGAAGGUGAUUUCUCAUGGUUCCUCGGUGAAAGCUGUAAAUUCAGAGGCGAAUUCGAGGCGGAGGAGAUCGCUGUCGGUGGCGCAAUACCGCAGAAGUGACUCUGAGAGUGAUGCAGAUCCCUUCCGUAGUUCUCAUAGUCAUUACGAUGUAAAGAAGAUUGACACUUGGAACGGCCAGGUUCAGAAGGCAUCAUCUUCAGCUGAUAGGAGACUGCGAAAGUCACAUAGCCAAAGGAAUCUUGCUCUUUUAAAUGACGGGUAUUCUAGCCAUUCCUCAGCCUUAACCGAUGAUGACACAAAAGAUUGUCGAUCUGGAAACAUUAGAGAUGAGAAAACCAUAAGAACAGUUUAUCAGCAGAAGGUUGGAAAUCCUAGUGAGGGUGUUAGACGUAGUGAAUUCUAUGAAGAGAUGCGUAAAGAACUUAGGUAUGCCGUUGAAGAGGUUCGAACUAAACUUGAACAAGCCAAGGUAAUAACUGAUGGAACCACAGAUGAUGAUGUUUCCUUGGGUUUGGGUAGAUCUGAUGGUCCUAGGAACUUGUCUGCCGUAAGAAAAAGUUACACAGCAAAGCUUGAGCAGUCACAGAAGCGUAAACAAGAGCUACUUGCUGAAAUGUUGUUAGAGGAUCAGCAUGGUAGGGAGCUUUCAGAAAUAGUUAAAGAGUUUCUUCCUGAUUCAAGGAAUUCAUCUGGAGUGCAGAAAACUUCCCGAACCAGAAAAAGGAGUACCGACAGGAGUAGAAUGUCAAACCGCUUGACUGAAGAGGCAGAAAGGUAUUUUGAGGACUUCAUCUCAAAUGUGGAAGAUACUGAUAUAUCUUCAUUUGAUGGAGAAAGAAGUGAUGGGAGUUCAACUUUGGGAGGAACAAUUAAGUCAAAAGUUUCCACCCAUUUAAUUACUGAAAAUCUGCAGAGCCCGGCAGAAUCGAAUCUCCAUACUGCUGAAAUGGAUGGUGUUAAUUUGCCUUGGUUGCAAUGGGAGACUAGCAAUGAUGGUUCUCUGAAAGAAAAGAAUAAAUCACAGACUCCAAUGACUCCAAAAACAUUAAACUGGGGAGCAGAUAAGGUGAUUUCUUUUGUUGUUGUUUAUUUUUUUAAUAUCAUUGAUGUAAAUCCGGGUAUGGUAUUACAUGCAUCUUAAUGUGUUUAAUUAUGAGUAUUCUUUUUGUAUACAGCUGCUGCCUAGUUCUUAUGAGGGUAGUACUACCCAGUUUGUUGAUAUAAAAAUUCAUUGGUUGACAAAAGUUCUUAGCUGGAGGAAAGGCGGGGUUUCAUUAAAAAAAUAUAAAUCAUUAUUGUGUUUUACAAGUUCUUAUUACAUUGUCUGAUGUAUUUUGAACAUGCAAUUGUUGAAAUUGCUGAACGGCAUUGCAAUUGUUAAACGUUUUAAGUUCUAUGUUGUUUGUUUUCCAUAAAUGUUCCUCGCAACUUUUAGAAUUAAGGCUACAAAUACUGCCUAGGAAGUUGAAUUCUCGUCUGAUCCAUUAGGCUCUGGUGGCAGCUAAUGAGUAAUAACUUUUUUAUUUUCGGUGCUAAAAACACCUUUUACUUCUCUUUUAGUUCAUUUCUGGCUUUUCGGCUAGUAUGCUACAAUUAAAACUGUAAGGUGGUUGCUUGUCGACGUGAUCGUGCGUUAAAAGCUGUAUCAUCAUGUUACUUAUGUUUCAUUAACUUCUGAACUACACAGGAAACACCACUGAGAGGCGACCUUAGCAAGUAUUCCAUCAGCAGUCAUGGCAGUUCGAACACUGGACUUAUGAAUGGUUGCCUGAAAAGUGCAAGUGCAAAUGGAGGAGGCUACGGAAAUCGCCAAAGGUCAAGCUUUGACUUGGCGGAUUAUGUUUCAUCUUGCAAUAGUGAAGAAGUUCUGUUUGAAAGGUACAAAGCACGGCAACAAAUACAUUCUGGCGGUCUUUUGCUUUGUAGUAAUGUACUGUAGUAUCUUAGAAACUCUCGGUAUCUUUGUAGAUCACAAGAUUUAACUAAAGUUUAUUGUAUCUUGCUCAUUCUUAUUAGACAUUAUCAAUCAAAACUUGUGUAUCAAAUCCCUCCGUUGUAAGAGUAAGAAUGUACUACUGUGUUACAUUCUCGUCUAGCUUCUGGGAGAAUGUGUC